CCUACCAGUGCCUCCAAAUUAUCAGCAGGAUUUUCAUGAAUACUUAUUUUGCCAUUGUUUUUUUUAUGCUGCUGUUGAUGUUUUCUCUGCCCUAGGCCUUCGUUUCGAGGCCGUGGUGUCCCAGGUGUCAUGACUCACAAUGAAGAAAGGUCACAUUGGGUAAAGGAAGGGACUAUUGGGCUUGGAGUGGGAAUUCUGUAUGGCGUCACUAAUGUCUGUGUGGGACAUCCGUUCGAUACAAUCAAAACCAAGAUGCAAGCUCAAGCUGGAUUUGAGAGGAAUGGUAUGGCGCAGACCUUUUUGAAAACAUUAAAAACCCAGGGCCCUGUUGGCCUUUACAGAGGGUGUAUUCCACCAUUGUGGGGUUCAGGACUCUUUAGAUCAGCCCAGUUUGCUGUGUUUGAAGGAGUGUACACUUAUCUGGAUAACAACUUUGGAAAGGCUGAGCUCCCCCUUACAGCUGGUUUACAAGUCCGUGUGGUUCUUGGAGGAGCAAUUGCAUCGACAUGUAGGGCUAUAAUUGAAACACCAUUAGAAUAUGCCAAGAUUAGGAGACAGACACAGCAGAGUUGGAAGUUUAGAGCCCUGUAUACGGGAUUUGGAGUAACAUGGUGUCGCACUAUGGGUCUCAUGGGAACCUAUUUCAUUCUACUGGACAGUAGUAGAAGACAUUGCUCAGAACUAUUCAAAAGACCACUCCUUGGUCCGUUUAUGUUAUCAGGAGUAGCAGCAACUCUGGCUUGGUGGAUUGUGUGGCCACUAGAGUAUAUGAAAUCACAAGUUCAAGGAAAUUAUGGAAAAAACAUUCCAGUGGUAAAGAGGAUGCGGUUCGUCAUCAAAGAAAAGGGAAGUUUCUUGGCGCUGUACCGCGGACUGUGGCCCGGAACGAUACGCAGCUUCCUUGCAAAUGGGACAAGUAUGAUUGUGAUGCAAUGGGCCCAGCGGAAGGUUUCAAAACUGGGUUUACGGGACUAAGAGGAUUCAAAGCUCAAUAGUUUGGUGAUAGGUUUUAAUUUCAUUUUAGUUUUCUGCAUACGAAAUAUUGCCACAGCUGGAAUUCCAGGUACAAUUUACAGCUUUCUUGCCAUUUUGAUACAAAUUUUUGCAUGAAGGAGGAUACAAGAGGUGCAUAAUGGCCGAGUUCAUAUGGUGGAUGAAGUGGUUGAACACCUAAAAUUCAUCACAAUUUCUUCCUCGUGGAAUGAAUCGGCAAAUAAGUUACGAGUAACAUGCUUUAUCAUGCACUGAAGAAGCCUAAGCGAGUCACCUGCGAUUAUGUAAUCACUAAUACAAAGGGAGUUCAUCCAGAUCAGUGCAAGAACUGGUAUUGUAGUAGUAGUGAACAUUGUGACCCUUUGUAAUUAGAAGACUCUGCAGUAUGAAGCCAAGGUUACCCAAAUUAGUCAAUAGCAUUCCGCGAAGUUACUAUUUAUAGCUCACAAGGUCAUUUGCAUAAGAUAUUGAUGACGUUUUAGUCACGUGACAGUCGGACAUUGACACUUAUUUCUACGCAUUUGAGCAUAUUUCAAAGUCAAUUAUCUUUGAUCCUGCAUUGUUUUUAGCAUGAAUGAUACCAUAGAGUCAGAGAGAGAAAUAUUCAGAACAAUUAUGUAGUAUUUCCAACACUCGGACAUGUGCCAGAUUGAAUCUAACUGCCCUAGUUAGAAAGCCUGAAUCCAUUACGAAACCGCAUGUUUGUCCGACAUUGCCUGUAAUUCAGCGAUGGGGAAAUAGAGGGCAGCAGCUGCAGUGACGUCAUCUUCGCGGAAUGCUAUUGGAAGGGGUGGAGCGCUGCAGACUUCACCGACACCAUUUUGCUUUCACUUGCUUUUGUUAACUCUCUUAGUCUUUAUGGAGGACUGUCUCAAAAUAUUGUAAUGUCAGGCCAACACUGAAAAGUUAACAUGAGCGUUCAUGAGUAGAGUGUGGUUCUGUGAUGUAUCAGAAAUUUUUUAUAAACAUCCUACAAAACGUUCAUUGAAAUAUACCUAUUGCAAUAUUUUACCACUGCUUUAUCUCACAACACUUAUAAUAAUAAUAAUGUCACUUGUAUACAUUCUAUGCAUUUCCUGUAAAUAAAAGCACAAAAAAGUGGUUAGA